AGGACAAAAGGAAAGACGCGAACAUGGAAGAUGAACGCGUACUGCCGUUCUACGAAUGCAUAUCUGGACUCCGGCUCGCCAACUUCUACCCACCGUACGCUGUCGCCUCGGGCCUUCAGUACAAGCCGAAGGACGGCGACGUCUUCCUCGUCACUUAUCCCCAGUGCGGCACGCUGUGGAUGCAACAGAUCCUGUACGUUCUUCUCCACGACGGGUCCUCGCCCAAGGACGCCGCGAGCCUCUUCCGGACAUUUCCUUUACUCGAGCUGGAGGGCUCUGAAGCCGUCGAGGACGCCCCCAGGCCGCGGGUAAUCACUUCCCAUCUUCCGUACGAUUUCAUCCCGAAGUCCUUGCGGGCCAAGUACGUCGUGCUCGUGCGCGACCCCCGCGACGUCUGCGCGGGCAUGUUUCGACGACUCCGUACGUACCCCGCGUACGAGUUCAGCGACGGCCUGCUGAGCGACUUCCUGGACCUCUUCUGCAGCGACGCCGUCGACUACCGAGGAUACUUCGCCCACUUGCGGUCCUGGUGCGACCGGAGGGACGACCCCAACGUGUUCUGGCUCAACUACGAGGAACUGCAUUCCAAUUUUCAAGAGACUGUGAAACGUCUCUCGUCGUUCCUGGGGGUGGAACACAAGCUGUUCAAGAGCAGAAGCGUGUUCAAGAAGUGCCAGGAGAAGAGUACCGUGCCCUACAUGAAGUCGAAGACCAAUAAAUACAUGGAAGAGUUCCUGUACAUACCAUUCGAGCAUCUGGCCGCAGACAUGAGGUUCUCCGAAGGAGUCAAGUCCUUCCACGCCUCGGUGCAGUGUUCGGGGUUCUUGGACGCGAUGUCGAGUGUCCGCUGCGUGCGCAGCGGUAAAGUGGGCUCCUGGAAGGAUGUCAUCACCGCCGAUGACGCGAAGAGAGUGGUCGGCCGAACGGAACAGAUGGGACGGGAUCUGGCGAACGCUGUCUUAUAUAACAGGUGAUAUCGAAGAUUCACGUGCGUUGGUGCAAUCCCAGCGAGCACUGGGAUAUAAUUAAA